AUGGGUGUUGCUAUGGUGAUCAGUGGACGAAUGGGAACAAACACCGAUUACGAUGAUGAUGGAUUAGAACCAUUCAAACGUUACAAACCACGCAGUCUUGAUGAAUUAGCAAGUCGAACAAAGUUUAGUAAAAAAGAAAUUCAACUUAUAUAUCAAGGUUUCAAACAAGAGUGUCCGUCCGGUUUUGUUAAUGAAGAAACAUUUAAACAUAUAUAUGGACAAUUUUUCCCAUUUGGUGAUACAUCAUCAUAUGCACGUCUUGUUUUUGCAACAUUUGAUUUACGGUCGUCAGGUUGUGUAACAUUUGAAGAUUUUCUUAUUUGUUUAUCAACAUUAUGUCGUGGUACACUUGAAGAUCGACUUCGAUGGAUAUUUACCUUAUAUGAUACUAAAAAAUCUGGCAAAAUCACCCGAGAUGAUUUUCACAUUAUUGUUUGUGCUGUUUAUUCAUUACUUGGAAAUGUUUCAACUCCUUGUUGUGAUCUGGAAACUGUUCAACAACAUACAUCUACUGUCUUUCAACGAUUUGACAAAUUACAUCAUGGUUAUAUAACAAUGGAAGAUUUUAUGUCGUUUUGUUUAAGUGAUCCAACUAUAAUUCAAUCAAUUGAUGCCCUACGAACAAUUGUGUGA